GAGGCACAGAGAGUGAAAACAGGAGAAUGUGUAGGCUGUCCUUAAUGUUCACUAAGUGACUUUAGACUAAAGACAUUCAAAUGAAACAUCCUUUUUAAUAAGCACAUUUUUAAUAGCAGUUUAUGAUUUCUUUGCCAUGGCUAGACCACAUCACGUUUAUACAAGCAGCAGACUUGUUGUUUUUGUUCUCGUCCUACUUGUAGAUGCACAAGAUCCUGUUGAUUCAUGUGUCUCUAACAUCAACCUUCGGAAGAACACUGUGUAUGUGGUCUCCAGUGGAAGCAUGUUAAACAUCUCCUGCCCAGUGUCAUACUGUAAAGACGUUCCUACUGUAAAAUGGAUUAAAAUUGAUCAUACAAACAACUUUAUAGCGAUCAGUGAAACAAAUCAAAUAACAAUAACUCAAAUACAAAAAGUGCCUAAGACCAUUAUUUCAUAUUUGAGCAUCAGGAACAUAUCAACAAAUGAACAAGGCUUUUACAGAUGUAUGAUUUCUUACUCAAACUUUUCAUCAGAAAGCCACAACAUUAUCGUCAAUGUUUCAGAUUCCAUGAAUCACACCAAUGAAAAUGUAACGAAAGCUGGUAUUGGUGUGCAGGCAUCAUACAUCAGCUGGUUUCUGUACGUCUUCAUCUGUGUAGGAAUUCUCAGCCUGGUCAUGGUCGUGAUGUUGUCCUCUCUCCUGUGCAUCAAUCAAUGUUCAAGAAAAUCUAACAGCCACAGACAAAAUAAUGCAAUGGUUUGUCCUAAACCAUUGUCUUCCACCACAUCUGGAAAGUCCCAGGAACUUCCAGAUGAGCAGAAUAACAUCUAUGAUGAGUCUACAGAUGAUUCACGCUCACGGCUGGACUCUCUAUGUGCAAGCAACGAUCAGGAAUACACAAGAGAUAUGAGGAAUGGAAGCAAGAGUAAUGAUGUAUUACGGGAUAUUGUGUAUGCCACUCUUCAACACCCCGCACCCAGGGAAGUGUCUGCGGUCCGGCACGUAUCAACAGAGCAGCUGGUGGAGUACGCGUCCAUCCGGAUCGCCUAACAUCUCGGGAACAUUUUGGGAGCAUUUCGGGAUUUCUGUGAGCAGAGCAGUGCAGACUGAACAGUCAGUUUAGAGUCUUGCAAAAGUAAGAGAAAGUAAGAUUUUCAAGGACCCCUAUUUGAUGACAGCAUGUCUUAAUAUUAAUAUUAUUUAAUAUUAAUAUUUCAUAUCAUGGUACAUGCAUAUGUAAAGUUAUUCUGCACAUAAACGGAGAUUCUACUUGUUCUGAUGCAGAUUUAAAACCAAGUUUAUCAUUUUAAGUUAAAAUUCACGUAAACAAAAUAAAAUAAUAAAUAAAUAAAAAAUCCCAGUUUACAAUUUUUGGUUAACAGAACAUAAAAACAACCCUAUGAGAAUCUUUGUAUAGGUUCAAUAAACCUUCACAGCAGUUUGGGAUGGUUAGUUAAUGGUUAAUAAAAAAAUCUACAGAGAAUGCUCCCAGAACAUUUAUACUUCUAGGUUUGCUUGGACCAUACUCGCUGGUGCUCACUGAAAUUACCAAUCUGUCAUUUUAAAAAAAGCAACACAUCAUGAAUAUACUUUGGUGAACACUUGGACUCUACUUUAAGAGGCAUGGAUUUAGAAAACAGCCACUUUCUGCUCUAAAAAUAUUUUAUUUUAUUAAAUGUAAUUUAUAUUUUCUUAGUGAUAUUCAGGAACUGGAUUCUAGUUUGUUUAUUGCAGUAAUGCAAUGUGUGAUUUAUACAACGUCUGUACAGUAUUUGGGAAAUAUAUAAGUGAUUUAAUGAUCGGUAUUCUCUUUAGCACAUCUAUUUCAUGUUUGAAAUGUAAAGUUUUUAAGUAUAAUUUUUUAGCAUUUCAUUUCAGAAAUUCUGAAAAACAGAGGUAUUUUGUGAGUUGGCUCCCUCAACUGAUAAAAUAUUCUGGGGGCCUACUUUCCUGAUAUACUAAAAUAAAAUGAUUUAUUAUUGUA